AUGGGAACAACUUUCCAAAAGAGUUGGACUUCUUCUUACGGGACAUUGCCUGGCCUACUGAGUCAUAGCCCGCUAUUCAUGGUGCCAAGAGUUAAACUGGAGUAUAGGUUCUAUCUAGUGAAGCGCCUCUUUGAUAGCAACCACCUAGGUUGGAGGGAGCAGAAGAGGAGCACAUCCGCAGGGGAUGGUGGCAAAUGA